AUGGCUGAAUUAAUUGGCAAACAUUGUUCUUAUCCACUAUGCAAUCAACUUGAUUUUUUGCCAAUCUUUUGUCAGCAUUGCCAACAAAUCUAUUGUAAAAAUCAUGGAUCAUCAAAUGACCAUAAUUGUUCGAUUUUAAACCAAAAUGACAAUAAAAUUGAUGUUUUACAAUCAAGCUCAGCUCCUUCGUUGCUUAUUUGUUCAUUCGAGUUAUGUAACGAAAAGUGUCCAAUUGAGUUUCUAUGUCCAAAAUGUAAAAAGAAUUAUUGUAUUAAACAUCGUCAUUUUGAUGAUCAUAAAUGUGCAUUUCAAGAACAACGACAGCUCUCAUCAUCUCCACUUCCAUCAAAAACAACGGCAAAAGUAAAUACGGAAUUUCAUUCGGAAAAAUUUCAAGGUACAAAAAAUGAAACAUUAGCAAAUAAAGUGGCAUUGAUGAAACUGAAACAGACGGCCAAAGGACCUCAAGGGGUACCAUUAGAAGCACGAUCACAUGUAUUUAUUGAAUUCAACACAAAACGUUAUCCAUUUUUUUUUUCAAAAUUAUGGCCAUUAGGUAGAGCAUUAGAUUAUUUAUUAAAUGAAUUGAAACUAACACAUACAACAACGAAAUAUGCUUUAUUUAAAAUUGAUAUACAUUUGGAUUUAUCAACGUGCAUUAAUGAACUUGAAAAUAAGUCAAUCAUAAACGAUGCUGACAUUUUAGUUUUGAAAAAUGUGUCCUAG